UUUAUGAGAAACGAAGGUCGUAAUUGUUCAAUGGACGUAAAGAAAAAUGAAAAAAGUAUUAUAAUUUCGGGGGAUAAUAUUUAGAAGAACUAAUACUAGUUUUAAGGCCUGAAAAAUAGUCCUUUAUUCGGGGACCGGUUUGUAGAAAGUUUCAAGGAUAUGUCGUCGACGGACCUUGUUGGAUACACGCACGAGUUCCUAGCGGAAUUCAUUCAGCUUUAUCGUGCUCAACCUUGCCUAUGGCAGCUCAGGUGCAAGGGUUACAAGGAUAGACUUCUUCGAAGUCGUGCAUACGAUGUCCUUGCACAAAAGUUACGCGAGGUAAACGAAACUGCGGAUAGGAAUACUGUGAUCAGAAAGAUCAACACUUUGAGAACGGCCUUCAGAAGGGAGUACAAUAAAGUUAAAAGCUCGCAAAGUGCUACUGGAGAUCAACAAAAUCAAUAUAAAUCUUCGUUAUGGUAUUACGAUCUUUUGAAGUUUGUCGCUGAGCAAAAUAACGAAGAUAUUUUGUCUGGAAAGUCUGAAAUUAUGUCGAAGGAAGAAAAUAGUGGGACGAAUUUGUCGAACGAUGAAACGUUGAUGCAUAACGAUGCAGAAAAAAUAGAACCACCAUCACCGAUACCAUCGAGAUCGAAUACACCGAAUAGCUUUCGUCCUGUGAUCCUUGGAACUGAAGGAUCUUAUGGAAUGGAAUAUUCAUCAUCGACUAUCGAUCUACCACCGGCUUCGAAUAAAAGAAAACAUUCUGAAUGCGAGAGAGAUCAUUGCACGAGGUCUACUAUGACGCAAUCGGCUUACGACGUCUCACCUACCAGAAGGAUCGUUGCUUGUUCUACGACCGACGAUUUGGAAACGUUCGGUCUUUACGUCGCAUCGAAAUUGAAAAAAUCUACCGAACGGCAGUGCAUCAUUGCCGAAAGGAUUAUAGCCGAAGUAUUGUUGCGUGCGAAUUUUGGUACAUUGGACGAAACUACAACUCUUACGGAAAAAUCACCGUCCCGUUGUUUUCUCGUAAUGGGUGGCGAUCGAUAAAGGAUAACGUAUGAUUCUCGAUCGAUAAAUUUUGUU